ACCUGCAGCCCCCUGCGUGCAUUUUACGUGGCGCCCAAAUUCCUCCCUUCCCUGAUCUGGGGCUAAAGGCCGGGGCCGGGCCGGGCCGCCUGGUUGCCGACAGGGUCUCGUCUUGGCCCGGCUGGCGGGGCUCAUCCCAUCGGGCUCCCCACAGGCGCUGUCCGGGUAGCAGCCGCAGGGAUCGUUGCUAGGCCAGACCCCCCGAGUGGGGUGCGGGGAACCCGGGGGCAGCCCCCAACCCCGCCCGGGCUCUCCCGCAGCCGGCUGGGGGCGCGGCGCUCCGACCCCCGGCGUCCCCAGGGCCGCUGCCCGCUCAGCAGAGCCGCCCAGAGCCGCCCGGCCCCGCCCGGGGAGGCGUCUCCCUGCUGGGGGCGAGGAGACUGGCCCGACCCCGCAGCCCGAGGGGCAGAGAAGGGGCCGGGAACAUGGUGCCGCUGAGAGACUGCAAGGCCUGGCAGGAUGCUGGACUUGCCCUAUCCACCACUAGUAAUGAGGCCUGCAAAAUGUUUGACGCCACACUGACUCAGUAUGCUACAUGGACCAAUGAUAAGAGUCUAGGGGGCAUUGAAGGAUCUCUCUCCAAGUUACAUGCAGCAGAUCCAACUUUUACAAUGGGACACGUGAUUGCCAAUGGCUUGGUUCUGAUUGGCACUGGGAGUUCAGUGAGGUUAGACAAAGAGCUGGACGGUGCGAUGAAAAAGAUGAUGGCACUCUCAGAAUCGCAACCACUGACUGAGAGGGAGAAGCUACAUGUGUCUGCACUAGACAUGUUUGCCAGUGGCCGUCUUCCUAAAGCUUGUGACAUAUGGGAUAAGAUUCUGCUGGACCAUCCAACUGACAUGCUAGCUCUAAAAUUUGCCCAUGACACUUAUUUUUAUCUGGGAUAUCAAACACAGAUGCGAGACUCUGUUGCCCGUGUAUAUCCCCACUGGACACCUAAUAUUCCACUUAGUAGCUAUGUGAAAGGCAUUUUCUCUUUUGGACUGAUGGAAACUAACCUUUUUGAUCAUGCUGAAAAGCUAGCCAGUGAGGCUUUAGCUAUAAACCAAUCAGAUGGAUGGUCUGUCCAUACCAUAGCACACAUAAAUGAAAUGAAAGCAGACCUGAAGAAUGGGUUGACAUUUAUGAAGCAAACUGAAAACAACUGGAAGGACUGUGACAUGCUUGCUUGCCAUAAUUACUGGCACUGGGCUUUGUAUUUCAUUGAAAAGGGUGAUUAUGAAGCAGCUUUGACAAUUUAUGACAAUCAUAUUGCUCCCAAAUGCAUCUCCAGUGGAAGUAUGCUAGAUGUAGUAGAUAACUGCUCCAUGCUGUACCGGCUUCAGUUGGAAGGUGUAAAGGUAGGAGACAGGUGGAAUGAAGUUAUCCAACUCACAAAGAAACACUCCAAAGAUCAUGUUCUGUUUUUCAAUGAUGUCCACAUUCUCAUGUCUUCGCUAGGAGCCAAAGACCACAAAACCACCAAUGAGCUCUUAACAACUCUUCAGGAACUUGCCAAAGCACCUGGUGAAGACCAUGAGCUGGAUCUAGCUCCGAAGUUGGGGUUGCCACUUUGCCAGGCUUUGGUAGAGUUUGACAAUGGAAAUUAUGACAAGACAGUAGAAUUACUUUAUCCAAUUCGCUACCAGCUCUUACAGAUCGGAGGCAGCAAUGCUCAGAGGGAUGUUUUCAACCAGCUAUUGAUCCAUGCUGCUUUAAAUUGCAAAUCAAAAGCCCAUCAGAACCUGGCCAGAUGCCUCCUGACAGAACGUGAUGGGUUGAGACCAAAUUCACCAUUGACUGAGCGACUUAUUCGGAAGGCAUCAGCUGUCCAUGCGAUGGGAUAAAUCUUAAAUCUGUUAUUCCCGUGGAAAUAAUAAUCAGCACAAUAAUCAGUCGCUUUCUAUGACUUUAACAGAAUCAAAAUAGGGAAAAUAUUGCAUCAGCAGCCAUAUCAGAUCUUCUAAAUAUCUGAGCUUUGGGAAGCUAGUUGUGGUGAUUCAGCAUCGUUGCUUGAACUUCUGGACACCUCUGAUUCUAGCAAGAUUCUGACCUAGCUGUGUUUUGCAGGGCAACAGUAGCAAAUGAAGUAGAUCUCAAUCAUUAGUUUAAAGCAUGCUGAGCCAUUGCUUUUCAGGAGAGCGUAUCAGUCUUAUGCUUAUCAUGUUGCGGGAUAACACUGCUAUUAUAAAGUUGUGCACUGCCAAAGUAGGCAGUGGUGUUGCUAUUCUAGAACAUGAGAGGGGAUGGGUUGAGCUGUCACAUGAAGAGCCUUUGAAAAAAGAUGACAUGUGGGAUGUACUAGGGAGGAAUAAAUGGUGCCAAAAUGUGUAGAAAGUGAACUAAUAUGUGGUGGCUCAAAGUGACUUUUGGGCUUCUUCCCCCAUGACCAUAGAAGGCCCUAGCUCCACAGAACCACUGCUGCAAAUAAGGGCAGUAUUUGGGAACCCUUUGCUUCCAUGCAGUUCUGCUCCAUUGGGCUCCUAAUGCAUGUAGAGGUGGGGGAGGAGAGCAGGAAUUUGAACCAAGGAAUCCACUGACAGUCUUCUCCUAUAGACCAGCAGUAGCCGCAGGGGGUGCUUCAGCCAUGGAGUUGCAGUAAAGGUCUGGGGGAAGGUGAAUGAGGGCUUCUACCACACACAUAACACAGCCAUGCCAGAGUGACACUACCCAGCAUGCAGCUAGGUCCUUUUGGCCUGCCUGCAGGUUCCAGGAUUUGGCUUCAAGUUCCUCAAAGGCAUAAUUUUGUAUCCUUUGCUAUUAAAGUCAUACAGAUAUCAACUGA